GGGAGGGUGCGAUCAAGGUCAGAGAGGAUGGCGAGAAGGCGACGCAGUGCAGCAACAUGGAGGGUGAGUCGUUCCUGACGAGCCUGGAGCAUGCUCAAGUCCAGCCUGCUGAGAUAAACUACACUGCUGAUGAACGUGAGGUUCUCGCAGUAGUUUAUGCCGUUCGGCACCGGCGUCACUACCUGCACGGGGCACCGUUCACGGUGCGUACGAACAACUCUGUUGUCCAGGCUUUUCUAACAAAACCGAAGUUCACUCCUCGACAGGCUCGUUGGUGGCGCGACCUAUCCGAGUUUAGUUUCACCACUGAGCACAUCAAGGGUGAGACUAAUCGGGUCGCAGGUGCCUUAUCCCGACGCCCAGACCACGACCAGGAGCAGAUCCAGCUCUCUUCCAUCUCGGUCACCACCGUCUACCACUCGGUGAUCGACGAGUUUCGCACUCAGUACCGCCACUGCCCCAACUAUCACGACAUCCACGCGACCCUUCGGAGUGGCAAGACCGUCUCGAACUACUCUUUCUGGGACAACGGUCUCGUGUACUGGCACGAUUCACAGGGCACCAGAGAGCCUCAUAUUUGUGUUCCCUCCACUGGACAGCUACAUGUCCGAGCAGUAGCGGAGUUCCAUGACCAGGCAGCCGCCGGUCAUAUGGGCUUCCAUAAGACGUUGGCUCGUGUGAGCCGCCUGUACGUAUGGCCGAAGUGCAAGGACUUUGUGAAGGACUACGUCGCAGAGUGUCCCACCUGUCAGGAGGUGAACAGUGCGAAUCACCUUCCUUAUGGUUUGAUCCAGCCUCUUCCUAUCCCUGAGGGUCGUUGGCAGUCCAUCUCAAUGGACUUUAUCGGUCCCCUUCGUCCUUCGACCCCUCGCGGUCAUGAUGCUAUCCUGGUCGUCGUCGAAUGCUUUACGAAGCGUGCAUACUUUGUUCCGUGCCGCUAUGCCAUCAGUGCCCGUGAGGUCGCCGACAUCGUAUUUGACCUAGUCGUGCGUGACCACGACUUACCUAUGAGCAUCAUAUAUGACUGUGACCCGCGCUUUACCAGCCUAUUCUGGCGACGGUUCCACGAGGUGUACGACACUCAGCUCCGCUUCUCCUCAUCUUACCAUCCUCAGACUGAUGGUCAGACCGAGAUCACGAACACGACUCUCAGAGAUAUUCUCCGAAAGAUUGUUCGUGACGAUCAGCAGUGGGAUCUUCAUCUUGCCCAAGUGGAGAUAGCCUACAACCACGCCGUCUCGCCAGCCACGGGGAUGUCGCCUUACUAUUGCGACCUCGGCUAUCACCCUCGUGUUCCUGCAGACUUCCUCCGACCGUCACAGAUGCACCCCGACACGAGUUGUCCCGCGCUGGAUGAUUGGGUUGCACACAUGACAUUGAUCAUGAAGAUCGCACAUGAGCACAUAGUCGCUUCCGAGACCCGCAUGGCAGCACGUGCGAACCGAUCGAGGAUGGAUCACCCAUUCAAAGUCAGUGAUGAUGUGCUUAUCGACGCCCGCCACUUACAGCUCAAAGCGGACAUGCUUCGCAAGUUUCGGCGUCGCUUCUUUGGACCAUGCCGCAUCCUCCAGGCCGUCGGUUCUGAUAUGGCAUCUAGCCCGGUCAGCUUCGGUGUGAAGCUGCCCGACUACCUGCGCCAGGCUCGUGUGCACGAUGUCUACCACGUCUCAUUACUGCGUCCUUACCGGAGACCGUCUGAGCGUUUCGUCGGACGACCAUACGAGCGCCCUCCACCCAUCAUGGUGGACGGCCACGAGGAGUUCCUCGUUUUAGACAUCAUUGGUCGCCGAGUCACCGACGACAACCCUCCCCACGUCGAGUAUCUCGUACGUUGGAAGGGUUAUCCUGAUGAGGAGGCUACCCGGGAGCCCCUUGAGCACUUGCAGCACGCUCGCAUGUUGGUGCGUGCCUAUGACCGUGCUCGUCGUGCUGGGUUCACCGCUCCUCCUCAGCCCGCUGACCCUCCUCCUUCUCCCCCGGCUGAGGAGACCGCUGAAGUCAAGCCUGCUCCAUCUGAGGCAGACCUUCAGCAGCAUCCGGAUGCUUCCACAACGCACUCGUUGUCGUCCUGCUCAAUACGACGAUUGACUCUGACUUAUCUUCCCACGUCUUUGACUUCUCCGUACUCCAUCCACUCCAGUUUUGCUACUUCAGCUCGUCGACGUUGCGGCUCUUCCUCGACGGCAUUCCGGACUUCUCAUUGCGGACGUUAUCGGCAGCUUCACGGACUUCGUCACGAUCAGCUCUGCCUGCUUCAGAGGCCGUCACUCUCUUACCACUUUACCCUGUACAGUACCCUUGUUGUGUCGCAUAAUGGUCUCCCUUUAGUCGGGUUCCUCUGAGUUGGGCUCUCCAUUGGUAUACGCAUAGGCAUCGGGACCGUAGCGUUGCCCUGGCUU